GAAUCUAAGAACAAAAUUAGGUUAAAUAACUACCCAUAUAAAAUUUAAUCGCUGAACUUCUGACAAUUAAUUACUUUCUGUAGAGUUAUCUUUUCCUACCCAUCUGCAGACUGAAGAAGAACAGCUAGCAUAGUUUGCAAUGUCAGGGUCUCAGUCACCUCUCCCAGCCCAUGUAGAUGAAGCCUUGAGGUGGCUUGUGCAUGACUACAUUGAUGAUGCCAUCUUGGCGGUAACAUUUGAAGUGCACAAAGCUGUAAAAACUGGACUACUGGAAGCUGAGCUUGGAGAUCUCAGUGAUGAAAACCAGUACCUUCAGGUCAAUGUAGAGGGUUUGGAUGUCUUCGGUCAAGCUCCCAUCAAGAAAAGUCAGGAAUGUGUAUGUCCCAACUGUAGCAGAAGUCUUGCAGCUAGCAGGUUCGCCCCUCACCUCGAGAAGUGUAUGGGCAUGGGCAGGAACUCAUCACGCAUCGCAAGCCGACGUAUCCAGAACACGUCACGUGACGCUGGGGGAUAUGCGAAGGCAGCAGCAGAAGGCGUGUCGUGGAGCGUCAUCAGCGGCGGCAGCGACUCCGAGAAGCGCGCGGUGCUGAGCUCCAUCUGUGGUGUGGUGAGCGAACACACCAGGAAGAUGUGUACGCGCUCCAUGAAGUGUCCCCAACACACCACCUUCCAGCGCAGGGCUGUCAGAGAACAGCUGCUGGGCGCGUCUGACGGCGCAGGCAUCACAGAGGACGACAGCGUCUCCAGCAGCACCGCGGCCGCCCCUGACGAGGCGCAGGAGGCUGACGGCGCUGACGAAGGAGGCGCUGCUGGGGGACCGUCCACGGCCCACAGCGGCGGUGUGGCUGCUUCAGGUUCAUGGGACCAGGACCUGCUGCACAGCUCGACCACCUCCCCAGCAGACAGCACCUCGACCGUCCUCUCGUCGCACUCGACCAACUCCUCGAACCGCUCCGCCUCUCUGCCACCCAGCGGCGACUGCCACUCUAGCAACGGCAGCGUCUCCAAUGGCAGCGCUGCCACUACUAGUGGCAAUGGUGGCAGUAAUAGUCAGAGCAUCACUCACAGUGGCACAAAUACCAUUAGUAGCAGUUCAUCUACUACAGAAGUGACGGUUACUGAAAGUCUCCUUCAGAGUAAUCGGUAUCAAAGUGGUAGCGGCGGUGGUGGUAAAAGUGGUGUCAAAACUCACAGCAGCAACAGCAAUAAUAGCAGAAAUGCAGCAAUUAAUAUCGUCAGCAGCAACAAAUCUGGCCACAGUGAUAGAAAGAGCAGUAGCAGCAAUAAUAGUAAGAAAAAAAGUAAAGCAAGCAGUGUACACGGCAGGAGUUCUGAGAAGUGAAGAUUCCUCUUUUUAGGUUCUUUGAUCGAUUCAACUUUGAAGCGUAUUGCAUUUAUGUCCUUUACUCAGGUCAUUCAUACAUGAACAUAACUAAUCCAUUAGCUUAACAAUAUAUGAUUGGUGCUGAGUCAUGUCUAAAUUUCUACUUUACUAACGUAGUUUGGUGUCGCUCUUAUGCAAACAAACAUGUAAUCGUUUACAAUUCCUCCUCUGAAAAAUCAACGGAUGUGCAUUUCUUGGUCAACUCGUGCGCUUCUAAAAAAUAUUAAUAUUCCGUAUGUUGUUGGCUGAUUACUGUUGCGUAGUUUUGUUAAAGUUUUCCCCUGUGCUCUACACUUCUUGUCUUCACGGGCGAUCAAGUUACCGUAUGUAAACUUGCCUUGAAAUCUUUCAGGCAAUCACAUAUUAGCUGCGACUCUUGCCACUAUUAGGAUUCUGUACAAGUUCUUAUUGAAGUAAAAUAGUGACUGAUAAUAUCUUGUAAAAAUAGGUGACGUGUAAGCUGGUCCAUAUUGCUUUGGAUCUAUAGGACAGCUUCUCGAGACCUACGAUUCGUAAGGCUGUGAUGAGGUUCCAUGGUAACCUCGUACGAAUAUUAACCAACUAAAUUACUUGCUCCAGUUACGCUGUAAGUGAGAGCAUUAAUUUGAUGAUAGAGUUAUGUCAGACUCGUUAACUCUCGGACAUCAUUUCGAUUUAACAUUGAAACUUUGUCAUCUCACGUUCGUGUAAAUAGGAUAAAUUCAAUGUAAUUACAUCUUCAAAUUAUUCACAAUGCAGUCAGUAAAAAUGUAGGUAUUGGCAAAGGUUACUUUUCACAGAUUUAAUUAAGGAAGAUGAACGUCACUUGCAACAAGGCGACUUAUCACUACAAUCAUAAAAGAAUAGAAUUUCAGGCCCCUUAAUACUAUGGUUAAUGUCAACUGUCAAGAUCUUGAUUUUCAUGUAUCCGUAAUAAAUUUUCUACAAGCAAAUAUACUAUCAAAGAUUACAGUAAUUCC